GUUUCGUUUUUAUCUUCUCGGCGGCUCUCGUUGAAGGGGUCUUCAAACCCUAACCCUAGUUUUGAUUCUGGAUCUCUCUCGCGAGGAAACAUCUCUGUUCUUCGGAAAAAUUGAUCUCCAGGUAAUCUCAGUUGGAGUAGUUAAAUUUUUCAUAUCAUGGCGGCCCUCAAGGACCUCCUUCCUUCUGUGAAAUCUUCAACCUCGUCUUUCUAUGAUCACUCCAAAGACCCGUGGUUCAAGGAGAGGUUCAGCUCCUCAGAAUCUGAUCAGUCUACUGUGAUCAAGCCUAACCUGGUUCCGCCAUAUGGCAAGCGGUCAGGCUUUGUCCCGAGGAAACCUGAGGACUUUGGUGAUGGUGGUGCAUUCCCAGAGAUCCAUGUGGCACAGUACCCUCUUGGCAUGGGCCGGAAGGACGAGAAGCCUGGCUCAAAGAUCCUUCCUCUCACUGUGGAUUCCCAUGGCAAGGUUGCUUUUGAUGCCAUUGUGAAACAGAAUGAGAAUGCUUCAAAGAUUGUGUAUUCACAGCACAAGGAUCUUGUUCCAAAGAUUGUGUCUGAGGAAGAACAAGAAGCAGAGGAGAUGGAUAAGGAGAUCGAGGAAACGACAGCAAGAACCAAAGCUGCAUUGGAGAAGAUUGUAAAUGUUAGGUUGAGUGCUGCACAGCCGAAGAAUGUUCCUACUCAGUCAUCCGAUUCAAAGUUUAUCAAGUACAAACCUUCUCAGCAAUCAGCAGCAUUUAAUUCAGGUGCUAAGGAGAGGAUUAUACGGAUGGUGGAGAUGCCUGUUGAUCCACUUGAGCCCCCAAAGUUCAAGCACAAGAGAGUCCCCAAGGCAUCUGGGUCCCCACCUGUGCCUGUGAUGCACUCCCCACCGAGACCUGUCACUGUGAAAGACCAGCAGGACUGGAAGAUCCCACCUUGCAUAUCUAACUGGAAGAAUCCUAAAGGUUACACCAUUCCUCUGGACAAGCGGCUCGCUGCUGAUGGAAGAGGACUGCAGGAUGUUCAAAUCAAUGAUAACUUUGCCAAACUCUCAGAGGCUUUGUAUGUGGCAGAGCAGAAGGCAAGAGAAGCUGUUGCAAUGAGGUCCAAGGUGCAUAAAGAAUUGCAGUUGAAGGACAAGGAUAGGAAGGAACAGGGUCUUCGAGCCUUAGCACAGAAGGCUCGUUUGGAGAGGACUGGAAUUGCUCCUGCUUCUGGUCCUGCACCCACCCCUUCUGAGAAAAGUGUGGUUGAUGAUGGUGAAAUGAGGAUAGAGCAGCAUGAGCAGAGGAAGGAGACUAGGGAAGAAAGGGAGGAGAGGUUGCAGCGUGAUAAGAUCCGUGAGGAGAGAAGACGUGAGAGGGAGAGGGAACGAAGGUUAGAGGCCAAAGAUGCAGCGAUGGGGAAAAAGAGCAAGCUCACAAGGGAUAGAGACCGUGAUGUUAGUGAGAAAGUUGCUCUUGGUAUGGCCAACACCGGAGCUGGCCGUGCUGGGGAAGUCAUGUAUGACCAAAGGCUGUUCAACCAAGAGAAGGGGAUGGAGUCUGGUUUUGCUGCUGAUGACCAGUACAACAUCUAUGACAAGGGUCUCUUCACAACACAACCUACUCUCUCAACCCUCUAUCAUCCUAAGAAAGAUGUUGAUUCCGAUAUGUAUGGCGGUGCUGAUGAGCAGUUAGAGAAGGUCCUCAAGACUGAUCGGUUCAAACCUGACAAGGCAUUCACUGGUGCAUCAGAGAGGCCUAGCAAGAGGGACAGACCAGUUGAGUUUGACAAGGAGGAGAAAGAAAGCGAUCCCUUCGGUUUGGAUCAGUUCUUUACUGAAGUCAAGAGAGGUAAGAAAGCAUUGGAUAAGAUUGGAGGCGGAGGAACCAUGAAAGCAAGCGCAGGCUCUUCAAUGCGAGAUGACUACGAAGGAGGAGGAUCUGGAAGGAGUCGCAUUGCUUUUGAAAGAGGCGGUCGCUGAGUAGUCAAAAGCAAUUGUUGGUUUGAAAAUUCGCAGCUCUACAUUACUAUCUCUGAGACCAUGCUAGUUAUGCCUUUUGAUCGUUUGCUUCUUUGGAUCAAAUAUUCUAGAUAUAAAACUGUUAGCUAUGAAUAUUACUCCUGUAUGAGUGAUAAGAUGUGUUUCUGAGUGUUUUGCAGCUCUUCCAAUCAUUGCAGAGUGAAGUUUAUUCAUCUACAUUGCAGACUGUAUAUAUAUUAUAUUUCAGUUCUGGUCUC